AUGUCGCUCUCGAAACCUACCAACGGAAACGGUAAAAUCCGUCCCGCAUUUUCAGCCCCAUGGUUUUACUGUCAUCUCACCACUUUCCAGGCGGGGACUGCGGUCGUUUUUACGACUUUUCUGGUUACUCACUUGAGCGCAACCGCCUUGGCUACUGUUGGUGGUAUCGAACUCACCAAUAAAACGAUUGUCCUUGGAAGAGUGUAUUAUCAAAAUAAGUUUUUAGAACCUGUUGUCGUGUUUGGCUCUCUUUGGGGACAUGUACUUGCAGGGAUAGCUAAAGGUAUAAUCAGAAUGUAUUGGAAACGCAAAGCGCGGGAUUACCGGAAGUUAACAGGGGAUGUUCAUGAAAAGGUUGAAAAGAUCAUCACGGACGAAACUAACGACGAGGGUAAAGUUGUUCGCCAAAAAAUUACAACGAGAAUCACCACAACCACCACUGAAUCUCACAUAUCAAGGGCAAUAGGACUAAUACUUCCUUAUCAUCGUGAGGCAGGGUAUAUUUUAAUCCCACUUGUUUUGACUCACGCAUUUAUUUCCCGCGCGCUUCCAAGGCGUCACUUCGGCGACUCUUCUUUGAUCAAUGCAACAUAUAUUACACUUGCUCUUAAGAAAUGGCCUCGUUCAACGUAUCUUGCAUUGACAGCUCUGGUCACGUUGGGAGUGUUUCACGCUGUUAGCGGUGCACCCGCCGUAUUCAGAAUUUUGAAGAGUGUUUUAUUCAAGAAUGGAGAAAAACCGCCAGUCGUAUCGGAAGCUGCGAGAAAACGACAGCGUAUUAUUAGAAAUGGAGUAAUCGUUUCGACGGUUGGAUUAUUGACAGCUGGAAUACUCGUCCUUGGUGGAAAGAUUGGAAGGGACAACAUUCGAAUUCCUUUGCGUACGGAAUAUCUAAAGGUUUACGGUCAGAUCUAUCCAAAAAGUUGG